UUUUGCUUUUCAGGUUUUACAUCAAUGAAUGAUUCUUCUUCUUCUUCUUCGCUGAAUUAGGGCUUUUCCACGUUUUCUAGACUGUUUAAUUCAUUGUUUAAUCCCACCAACAUUUUACACGCACAAUUCUUUAUUCAACAAUCGACUUCAUUGAAUCGGUGUAACCUAAAAAAAAAAAAAGAAGAAAGUAAUGGUCGACCAUCCACUCCACCAGUUGACGGCCACUACCAUUCUCAUUUACCAAUUCCGACGGUCAAACCACGGAACCAGUACGCGCAUUCUCUUUCAUAUAAUUUCACACCCGAUUUUUCCCCAAUCCCCCAAUUCUUCAACUUCAUUUCUUUCUUACUUACCCUUGGCUCGAAUUCAAAAUCAUGGACAAAAUCGCAUUGUACGAGAAGGUGUUCAAGCAAGUCGACGGCGAUGGCGAUGGGAAACUCUCUCCUCCGGAGCUGCAGCGGUGUAUAUUGGGAGUUGGGGGCAGUUUGACGAUCGAGGAGGCGGAGACGGUGGUUGAGAAAUUGGAUUCGAACGGUGAUGGGUUGGUGGGAUGGGAUGAAUUUGUUGAAUUUGUGGAAGGAGUUGGAGAGGAAGAGAAAGUGAAUGAUUUGAAAGAAGCGUUUAGGAUGUAUGAAAUGGAUGGUUGUGGAUUUAUAACGACGAAGAGUUUGAAGAGGAUGUUGAGUAAGCUUGGGGAAUCAAGGAGUAUUGAGGAUUGCAAGAAAAUGAUUGCGAAAUUUGAUCUUGAUUCUGAUGGUGUUCUUAAUUUUGAUGAAUUUAAGUUCAUGAUGUCUUGAACUUUCUUCCAUUGUAGCUUCUCAACAUUUUUUUGUUUUGUUUUGUUUUGUAAUGGUAAUAUGAUUGCUUCUCUGAUUUUGUUUUUCUUUAAUGGGUGCA